AUGUGGAGAAGCAUCAAGUUGGGAGUGAGGAUUACGAAGUACAAGAAGAAGAAACCUUUCUAUAGUUUAUUGGACCAUUUCAUAGAUGGAGCAGCGCGGCAUCCAGACAAGGUGUUGGUGCACUUUGAGGGGCUGCAGUACACGUACGCGGAGGUGGACCAGAGGAGCUCCAUGACGGCCCGUGCGCUGCAGGAGGAGGCGCGGCUCACGGAGGGGGACACGGUGGCGAUGUUUUUGCCCAAUGAACCCGCGUUUAUGUGGACGUUUCUGGGCCUGGCCAAGCUGGGCUGCCCCGCUGCGCUCCUGAACUACAACAUCAGAGCCAAGGGACUGCUGCACUGCUUCUCCUGCUGCGGGGCCAAAGUGCUCAUCACGUGUCCAGAGCUGCUGACGGCGGUGGAGGAGGUGCUGCCCACGCUGACGGAGCAGGGCAUCUCCGUCUUCGUCCUGUCCAACAGCUGCAGCGUGCCGGGCAUCAGGACGCUCUCCGACAAGGUCCAGAAGGCGUCCGACGAGCCGCUGCCCAGAGACCUCCGCGCCAACGUGACCAUCAGGAGCACGGCGCUGUAUAUUUACACGUCUGGGACCACGGGUUUGCCCAAAGCCGCAGUAGUGACGCAUGAGCGUGUGUGGGCGGCGUGCUUCAUCCAGGCCGCCGUGGGCGUCACAGCAGACGACAUCUUCUACCUCAACCUGCCCCUGUACCACAGCGCGGGCUUCCUCAUCGGCUUCGCAGGAGGCAUCGAGAGAGGUCUGACUCUGGUGCUGAAGAGGAAGUUCUCGGCCUCUCAGUUCUGGGAUGACUGUCGGAAACACAACGUGACCGUGACGCAGUACAUCGGAGAAACACUGCGCUACCUCUGCAACACACCCCCGAAAUCCAGUGACAAACAGCACGGUGUGAAAUUCGCCAUUGGGAACGGCGUCAGGACGGACAUUUGGACCGAGUUUUUGAAUCGAUUCGGAGACAUUCAGAUUCGAGAACUUUACGGAGCCACGGAAGGAAAUAUCGGAUUUAUCAACUACACAAAUAAGAUCGGAGCCGUGGGAAGGAUCAACCCUCUGCAUAAAUUUUUCUUCCCUCACACCGUCAUCAAGUUCGACGUGGAGAAAGAGGAGCCGGUCCGGAACGCUGCGGGACUUUGCAUCGAGGCCUCACGGGGUGAGACCGGGCUGCUGGUCGGAAAAGUCACCAAGAGGUCUCCGUUCGUGGGAUACGCCGCCAACAAAACCCAGACUGAGAAGAAGAGGCUGCGGGACGUGGUGAGAAAGGGCGACUUGUUCUUUAACACCGGGGACCUGCUGCUCAUCGACUCGGAGAACUUUGUCUACUUCAUGGACCGAGUGGGAGACACCUUCAGAUGGAAAGGUGAAAACGUGGCCACGUCUGAAGUGGGCGACAUUCUGACCGCGGCCAACAGCGUUCUGGAAGCGAAUGUUUACGGUGUAAAAGUGGAAGGUCACGAGGGUCGGAUCGGCAUGGCAGCGGUGACCCUGAAGGAAGGAGAGGAGUUCGACUGCACUGAUGCUUUCAAACACGUGGUGACCUAUCUCCCCCCGUACGCUCGCCCCCGCUUUGUACGCAUUCAGCCGAGUCUGGAAGUGACCGGGACAUUCAAGAUGAAGAAAGUGAAGUUAGUGGAAGAAGGAUUUAACCCUGCGGACAUCGCAGACCCCCUUUUCUUUUUGGACACUGACAAAAAGAAUUACGUUCCACUUACUGAAGAAAUAUACAACGCCAUAAUGUCACGGGAAAUCAAACUUUAA